AUGUGUCUGUUUGUCCUCGUAACAGAUCAUGUGACCGACCUGGACCUUAUCUCAGGUCCUGCUUCGCCUGAAGAUGCGGCCUCGUCCCGAAAUUCGUUUUCUGAUAUGUCUAACACGAAUGGAAACACCGCUUCCAGUAGUGGAGACACCGGGCCAGCGGGGUCGUUUGCUGUGUUCCCAUGUGGCUUGCAACCUGGCUCAGAUUCACAAGAGUGGCCUGUUGGUGUAUGGCGUCAUUUGGCUGUGGUUUUCAGUCGAGCUGGGAUGAUCAAGUCUAGUUCGUGCAGUGUCUAUUUAGACGGCCGUCUAGUUGGUGUUCAACGCGUAAGUUUUUUCGGAUGCCCAGUGCAAGCGAGCAUGAUCUAUCAGUGGUUAGUUUUCUGCUAA